AUGUCUAUCAACAAUGAUUCAACUUGCAAGGAACAAUAUGUAUCAUUUUCAAUGCCAAAUACUGAGCAUCUAGCAGAUAGGCCUAAGGUUCUAAAACGUCGAAAGACGCCUUAUGUUUGGGGUGACAAAUUGAAUCCUGCUUUUGAUGACGAUGAUGAAGGAUGGCAAGACAUUAAUGAUACAAGCAGCGACAAUAACAGCAAAGAUAAGAUUGAAAGCUGUGGGAAUAUGGGUAGAAAAAAUAUGGGAGAGAGAGGCGACAAUGAAAUGGAUGAAAAUUUUAAAGAUGGAGGAAAUUUAAGGAUGAAGAAAUAG